UGGCUGAUUUCAUCGUAUGGUACUUCUGAAGCAGUAACACGAAUGAGGUAUAUAGCAGUACAUGUAUAAGCUUUCGAUAUGGCUUCAACAUCCAAUUCACAUUCGCCUUCGGAACCAAAUUCUAUUCUUAUAGAGCAGUUUUGCUCAGUUACCGGAUCUGAUAGAGAAAAGGCCAUCAAAAUGUUGGAAGUAUGUAACUGGAAUCUAGAAAUGGCAGUGAACAUGCAUGUUGAUUCCGAUUACCAAGAAAACGUAUGUGUUAACGAAAAUAAUUCUAUUCCUUCUGAGGAUGACGGUAUACGUCCUCCAAUACCUCAAUCAAGAGCCGUACUUGUCGAAGAUGAUAUACGAUUUCAAUAUGGUUUGCGUGGAAGAAAACGUAGACCUCAUUCAGUAUUUGAUGGAUUUCGCGAUUUUCAGGCAGAAGCAAGGAUGCAAGAACUUACUUCAACUGCUGAAACUACUGAAACAUUCAAGAAAAGACGUACUUUAGAAGAUUUGUUUAGGCCUCCACUUGAUAUCAUGCACAGAGGAACUUUUGAUUCUGCCAGAGAUUUUGGGCAAACGUCAAACCGUUGGUUGAUGGUCAACAUACAGGAUUCACAAGAAUUUUCGUGCCAAGUUUUAAAUCGUGACGUUUGGAGCAACCCAACUGUAAAAGAACUGAUAUCUCAGCAUUUUGUGUUUUGGCAAGUCUACAGUGAUAGUAUAGAUGGUCAAAGGUAUAUGCAGUUCUACAAGCUUGUUGAGUUUCCAUACAUUGCCAUAAUUGAUCCCAGAACUGGUGAAAAGUUGCUAGAGUGGCACCACGUAGAUGCUACUUCAAUUUGUGAACUUAUUCAGAUAUUUUUGGAAAAUUCAUGUUCUCCCAAUGGUUCAUCCACAAGCAUUACUGCACCCACUAGAAAGUGUAGUCUUUUAGACCAAAGUGAAGAAUCCCAACUAAAAGCAGCUCUUGAAGCAUCUUUGAAAGAUGCAGCAUUAGUGAAUGUUGAUGAUAAUGACAGUGAUUUUGAAACAUUUGAUUCUGACUCUGAAAGUACAAGUAUGAAAGCAAAUAAAGCGAGUGAUGUUAAUUCAAACUCUGACCAUUCCAAUGAUACUAUUGAUGUUGUUGGAUUCACUGAAAGCAAUGAUAAGGAUGCCUUUAAAUGCCAGAAUUCAUGGAAGGAACAUCUAGGAAGUGAGGACGAUCCCAAAACGGAUCUUGUUUUGCGCCUUCCCAAUGGCAAACGAGAACAAAUCACAUGGCCAUGCACAACAAAAAUUAAAUCAUUACUUUUGUAUCUGGAGGAACUAGGUUAUGAUACAGAACAAUAUGAAUUAGUUACCAACUACCCUCGUCGAAAUUUGUGCCAGUUAGACUUGUGCAAAACACUAAAAGAAGUUGAUUUGUAUCCACGUGAAAUGGUAUUCGUCCAGCUGAAAACGUAACAAAAAUUUUCAAUUAUAAUUAUGUAACUGAAAACUUUUGCUACAUUACAUACAAUCAAUUUAUUCAUUCAUCCUCUUUUCUUUUUCUUUUUUCAUUUUAUGAUAAUAUGUACAAUGGUGUUGGUUAAAAUUGUACAUGAAUGGCCUAAUUUUACUCUGUUAGAUCUUAAAACAGUUUCAGUCAUCUGAUUUUGGUUUAUCAUAUUAAUUGACUUGCAGAGCAUUAUCUAUUAAAAGAAAGGCAGAACUUCAAAAGAGUUAAUUUUGUCCCGAAAAGAAGUUUAAAUCUUGAAAAUUUUAAAUCUAUAAGCAUUAAUGAAACUUGGUUGAUUAAGAGACUGUAAUAAAUAAAAUCUAUAAUUACUGUGAAGAAAAA